CGGCGCCGCGUGAAGAGCCACAGCGUCAUAAAAACAAACAGUUUGGAUACGGGUCCAACCAGCCACCGACACCUAGCCGAAACCCCCCUCUGGAGAAAACAAAAAAGCCCCCAAAAACUGCAACUCCCAGAGAGAGAGAGAAAGAAAAAUGGUGGGGGAGAGUUCAGGGUACAAAGACUACGUAGCCGGGAUGUUAGCCGGAGUUGCCACUGUGAUUACCGGCCACCCGUUUGACACAGUCAAGGUAAAUCUCCAGAAACACAACACGUCUGCCGACGGUAUCAAGUACAGGAAUGGAUUGCACUGUGCUGCUAGGAUUCUCAAGGCUGAAGGAGUGAAAGGGCUAUAUCGAGGAGCGUCAUCUUCUUUUGUUGGGAUGGCUUUUGAAAGCUCAUUUGCUUUUGGAAUUUAUUCACAGACAAAAAGGUUCCUUCAGGGAGGCAUUGAUGGUGGCCAGCCACAGGCUAAUGUAAUUAUUCCAUCAGCUGCAUUUGCAGGAGGUUUAAUCAGCUUUGUAUUGUGCCCUUCAGAGCUGGUUAAGUGUAGGAUGCAAAUUCAAAGCUCAGGCUCUCUGCUACCAAGGUCGACUAGAUACAGCGGUCCUCUUGAAUGCGCCAUUAAAACAAUAAAAAUUGAAGGGGUUAAAGGUAUAUUUCGCGGGGGCUUUGCGACGUUGUUAAGAGAAUCUGUGGGAAAUGCCGUCUUCUUUAGCACAUAUGAAUAUGUACGUCAUCAGAUGCAUCUUCAACUGAAAGGGGCUUCAUCUAAGUCAAAUCAAUUGGUUGAUGUGGGAGUUGGCAUAAUGAGUGGAGGCAUUGGUGGUAUAUUGUGCUGGUGUGCUAUUCUGCCAUUGGACGUCGCAAAAACUAUAAUCCAAACUACCCCUGAGAAAAACCAUACACGCAAUCCUUUUCAGAUUUUACAAACGAUUUACAGGGUAUCCGGACUUAGAGGGUGUUAUGCUGGCCUAAGCCCUACUCUAGUUAGGGCUUUCCCAGCUAAUGCUGCUGCCAUAGUUACAUGGGAGCUUUCGGCAAAGAUCUUAGGAAUGAGCCGGGAUUAAAGCAGUUUCAAAAUUGGUUGCCAACUCAUUUAGGAUUUUUUUGGCCUUUUGUCAUAAGAAGGCUCGGUCUGGCUUGGUUGGUGUGUCUUUAGAAGGUCGAAGAGUUGUCAUCCUUGUAUUGUGUUUGUGAAGGAUGCUUUCUGUGACGAGGAUGGUAGUCAAAAGGCUUUUUGCAAUACACGAAGCAUGAAGACAUGAUUUUUUCUAGUAGGAGAUUUAGUCUGCAAUGCUUAUUGUAUACGGAGUAAUAUUUAUUUCUUGCAAUCUGAAAGAAGUUAGACAAUGUCGAUUACAAGGGAAUGUAAAAUUCUUCAUGCAGUGAAAUUUGUGAUUAUUGAAUAAUGAAACAUUUGAUUUAGU